UUAAUCUGAUUUCCAGGGAUCUGGAGGAAAAUUUCUGGCUUGGUGCCAGGAAGUGCAUUAGAGACAUUGACUUGCUGCCCACAGGCCAUGCAGGGACAUUCUCUCCCCUCUUACUGACAACAAUGGAAAACCCAGCAAAGGGGCAGAGCAUUUCUUAAUGUGGACUCCAUGUGUUUAACCCCUGUAGAGCCCUUGGGAACAGCAUUGGAGAGUGUUAGGCGAUGUCGUGGAGGAUCUAUCUGAGGGCUCAGUGAGGGACCAGCUUUGCUGCCUAAAAAGCAGAGCUACUGGAUUUAAGCCUUUGGGAUCAGCUGUUAUGAAGGGUGACUUGGAAUUCCAGGUGCAUUUCUCUGCUGCAGCACCCUGCUGUGAGACCUUCAAGAGCCGGGAUUGUCUAUUGCUUUGUCCUUUCAGGGACUUUUUAUAGGGGGUUGUUCCUGGUGGCCUUGGUGCUUUGUCUAUAACUGAUGAGCCUCUUCACUCAGCCCAUGGGCCUCCUCCCUUGAAGUGAAACAAAGAGGCGCAAGAGAGAGAGAGAGGGAGGGCAGCUCACCUCACCAUGGUGCUGCCGCCGCCUGACAAGCGCCACGUGUGUCUGACCACCAUUGUCAUCAUGACCAGCAUGGCCUUCAUGGAUGCCUACCUGGUGGAGCAGAACCAAGGGCCACGGAAGAUUGGCGUCUGCAUCAUUGUCCUGGUGGGAGACAUCUGCUUCCUCAUUGUGCUGCGCUAUGUGGCAGUAUGGGUGGGGGCUGAGGUGAAAACAGCCAAGCGGGGCUACGCCAUGAUCCUGUGGUUUCUCUACAUCUUCGUGCUGGAGAUUAAGCUGUAUUUUAUAUUUCAGAAUUACAAAGCAGACAAGAAGAAUCUGGAGACAGUGGCCAGGAAGGCUUUGACCUUGCUCCUGUCCAUCUGUGUGCCAGGGCUCUACCUGGUGCUGGUGGCCUUAGACAGCAUGGAGUACAUACGAACCUUCAGGAAGAAGGAGGAUCUGCGGGGACGCCUCUUCUGGGUGGCCCUGGACCUGCUGGAUAUAUUAGAUAUUCAGGCCAACCUAUGGGAGCCACAUAAGACUGGGCUUCCCAUCUGGGCAGAAGGGCUCAUGUUCUUCUAUUGUUACAUACUGCUCUUGAUCCUGCCUUGUGUCUCUCUUAGUGAGAUUAGCAUGCAAGGGGAGCACAUUGCUCCGCAGAAAAUGAUGCUCUACCCUGUGCUGAGCCUGGUCACCAUCAACAUUGUCACCAUAUUCAUCCGGGCCAUUAACAUGGUCUUGUUCCAGGACAGCAGGGUCUCCACUAUCUUUAUUGGCAAGAACAUCAUUGCUAUAGCCACCAAGGCAUGCACUUUCUUAGAGUAUAAGAAACAGGUGAAAGAAUUCCCCCAGAAUGCUAUUGCCCUGGAGCUCCAGCAGAACUCAAUCUCUCACAAUCAGACUAUCCACAGUACACAGGGAAUUUCUCAUGAGCAGUCACCCACUAGGGAAAUUCUAGAUACAUGACGGAUCACCUCCGGACAUCAGCAUUGGCUUGCAUUGCAUUGGGGAGUGUAGGGAGGUGAGAAGCUGCUCUCCCAUUGUAUGGGGCAUGUGUGAUGGACAAGUCCCAGCAAGGAGAGCUCUCCCAGGCACAAAACACUUACCAUGUUUUAAUCAAACUAUGGAGUGUUUCCUAGACCUCUUCAUCUCAGGUAUAGCCCUAGGAAUUCUCCAGAAUAACCAAAUGAACUUGCAAAGGACCUGAACCAGCUACGCCCUCUGUUUUCCUUCCACCCACUCCUCCCCUGCCCAACCAAGUUCCCUGAUGCUGAGAUUUCUCUCUUUGUUCCUUAAGACUCUCACCUUUGCUCCAAGUCUGGAAUGAAGAUAUUGUUACCAGAGUCCUUUGUAUGGAAUGGGAAUGGGCGGGAGGGGCGUUUGCACCAGUUAAUCCUGUGAUUAUAGAUGUGUCUUAUUUCAAACGGUUGUGUUUACUGUUCCCUAUUUAUAACUGUCUCUUCUUUGAUCCUUUCUGAGAAUCCCCAUUGUUGGGUCUGGUUUCUUUUGGUUUGUAAUCCACUGGAACAGCUCCCUUUGCUAUUUGUCCCAGCAGGAACAACACAAAAAGUAGCACCC